GUCCCGCCCCCUUCUCUGACUCCCUGUAUCCCGCGGCGGCGCUUCUCUGGAAGCAAUGGAGGCAUCCGAUCCUGUGGUCGCACCUCAGAGGGAAGAGGCAUCCUGCUCUUCCUGGGGGGCCGGCAGCAUGAAUACACAUUUGCCCAUCAUGUCAACAGAAUCUGUGGAGAUUGAUGAUGCAUUAUACAGUCGACAGAGGUACGUUCUUGGAGAUACAGCAAUGCAGAAGAUGGCCAAGUCCCAUGUUUUCUUAAGUGGUAUGGGUGGUCUUGGUUUGGAAAUCGCCAAGAAUCUUGUUCUUGCGGGAAUUAAGGGACUUACAAUUCAUGAUGUAGAAAAAUGCCAAGCAUGGGAUCUAGGAACCAACUUCUUUCUCUGUCAAAAUGAUGUUGUUAAUAAAAGAAACAGGGCUGAAGCUGUUCUUCAACAUAUUGCAGAACUAAAUCCAUACGUUCAUGUCACAUCAUCUUCUGUUCCUUUAAAUGAAACCACAGAUCUUUCCUUCUUAGAUAAAUACCAGUGUGUAGUAUUGACUGAGGUCAAACUUCCAUUGCAGAAGAAAAUCAACAACUUUUGCCGUUCUCAGUGCCCUCCAAUUAAGUUCAUCAGUACAGAUAUACAUGGAAUUUGGUCACAGCUGUUUUGUGAUUUUGGUGAUGAAUUUGAAGUUUUAGAUACAACGGGAGAAGAACCAAAAGAAAUCUUCAUUUCAAAUAUAACGCAAGCUAAUCCUGGCAUUGUAACUUGCCUUGAAAAUCAUCCUCACAAACUUGUGACAGGGCAAUUCUUAAAAUUUCGAGAAAUUAAUGGAAUGACAGGCUUAAAUGGAUCUAUACAACAAAUAACUGUGGUAUCACCAUUUUCUUUUAGCAUUGGCGAUACUACAGAACUGGAACCUUAUUUACAUGGAGGCAUAGCUGUCCAAGUUAAGACGCCUAAAACAUUUUACUUUGAAUCAUUGGAGAAGCAGAUAAAACAUCCAAAGUGCCUUAUUGCAGAUUUUGGCAAACCUGAGGCACCUUUGCAGAUUCACACAGCUAUGCUUGCACUGGACCAGUUUCGGGAGAACUACAGACGCAAGCCUAAUAUAGGAUGCCAAAAAGAUUCAGAAGAGCUGUUGAAAUUAGCAACAUCUAUAAGUGAAACCUUGGAAGAGAAGCCUGAAGUAGAUGCUGACAUUGUGCGUUGGCUUUCUUGGACUUCGCAAGGCUACUUAGCCCCACUUGCAGCAGCAGUAGGAGGAGUUGCCAGCCAGGAAGUAUUGAAAGCAGUGACAGGAAAGUUUUCUCCUUUGUGCCAGUGGUUAUACAUUGAAGCAGCAGAUAUUGUUGAAUACCUAAGCAAACCUGAACGUGAAGAGUUUCUUCCACGAGGAGAUAGAUAUGAUGCCUUACGAGCCUGCAUUGGAGACAGUCUAUGUCAGAAGCUACAAAAUUUGAAUAUCUUCUUGGUAGGAUGUGGAGCCAUAGGCUGUGAAAUGUUAAAAAAUUUUGCUUUACUUGGUGUUGGCACAAGCAAAGAGAAGGGAAUGAUUACAGCUACAGAUCCUGACUUGAUAGAAAAAUCCAACUUGAACAGGCAGUUCCUAUUUCGUCCUCAUCACAUACAGAAACCUAAAAGCUAUACUGCUGCUGAUGCAACCCUGAAAAUAAAUCCUCAGGUGAAGAUAGAUGCACACUUGAACAAAGUAUGUCCAGCCACUGAGGCUAUUUACAGUGAUGAGUUCUACACUAAACAAGAUAUAAUUAUCACUGCAUUAGAUAAUGUGGAAGCCAGGAGAUAUGUAGACAGCCGAUGCAUAGCAAAUCUACGGCCACUCCUAGAUUCUGGAACAAUGGGCACUAAGGGACACACUGAAGUUAUUGUACCUCAUUUGACUGAAUCCUAUAAUAGUCAUCGGGAUCCCCCAGAAGAGGAAAUACCAUUUUGUACUCUAAAAUCCUUUCCAGCUGCUAUUGAACAUACUAUACAGUGGGCAAGAGAUAAGUUUGAAAGUUCCUUUUCCCACAAGCCUUCAUUAUUUAACAAAUUUUGGCAAACCUAUCCUUCUGCAGAAGAAGUCUUACAGAAGCUACAAACUGGACACAGUUUAGAAGGCUGUUUUCAAGCUAUUAAGUUACUUAGCAGAAGACCUAGGAAUUGGUUCCAGUGUGUAGAGUUAGCAAGAUUAAAGUUUGAAAAGUAUUUUAACCAUAAGGCUCUUCAGCUUCUUCACUGUUUCCCUCUAGAUACCCGAUUAAAAGAUGGCAGUUUGUUUUGGCAGUCACCGAAGAGGCCUCCCUCUCCAAUAAAAUUUGAUUUCAAUGAACCUUUGCACUUCAGUUUCCUUCUGAAUGCUGCAAAAUUAUAUGCUACUGUCUAUUGCAUUCCAUUUACAGAAGAGGACAUAUCAGCAGAUGCCCUCUUGAAUAUGCUUUCCGAAGUAAAGAUUCAAGAAUUUAAACCUUCCAGUAAGGUUAUUCAGACAGAUGAAACAGCACAGAAACCAGACCAUGUUCCUGUCAGCAGUGAAGAUGAGAGGAAUGCUGUUUUCCAACUAGAAAAGGCUAUUUCAUCUAACAAAGUUACCACAAGUGACCUUCAGAUGGCAGUCCUUUCGUUUGAAAAAGAUGAUGAUCAUAAUGGACACGUAGAUUUCAUCACAGCUGCAUCAAAUCUUCGUGCCAAAAUGUAUAGCAUUAAACCAGCUGACCGUUUCAAAACAAAGCGCAUAGCUGGUAAAAUUAUACCUGCUAUAGCAACAUCCACUGCUGCAGUUUCUGGCUUGGUUGCAUUGGAGAUGAUCAAAGUAGCUGGUGGCUAUCCUUUUGAAGCUUACAAAAAUUGUUUCCUUAACUUAGCCAUUCCAGUUAUAGUGUUUACAGAAACAUCUGAAGUAAAAAAAACUGAAAUCAGAAAUGGAGUAUCAUUUACAAUUUGGGACAGAUGGACUAUACAUGGAAAAGAAGAUUUCACCCUCUUGGAUUUCAUAAAUGCAGUAAAAGAGAAGUAUGGAAUUGAGCCAACCAUGGUAGUACAGGGUGUCAAAAUGCUUUAUGUUCCUGUAAUGCCUGGUCAUGCAAAAAGAUUGAAGUUAACAAUGCAUAAACUUGUGAAACCUUCUACUGAAAAGAAAUAUGUGGAUCUCACUGUGUCAUUUGCCCCAGACAUUGAUGGUGAUGAAGAUUUGCCUGGACCUCCAGUAAGAUACUACUUUAGUCAUGACACUGAUUAACAGAAGUUGUCUUAAAGUUAUUCCAGGACUUCUUGAUUUUGGAAAGAGUGCACUUAAUUCAGAAGCUAAGAAAUCAACUCACAAUAUUAUGGAUUUCUCUUUGAGGAAGCCUUAAUUUAAGGGAAAUAUCAGUAGAAAACUACACUGAAGAAUUGCAGAACAUUUUGGAGCAUAGUGUACACUUGUCUAGUGCUUCAUACAUGGAUAUUGAUCACAAGCAACUUUGAAUUGGAAUGUCAUCUUACAAUGCUUACAGGAAAUUUAUGGAUUAACGUCUCUGAAUGAAUAGAAGGAAAAAAUGUGUAUCCAUGACCAGAAUAGAUGAAAGAUCGAGGAAUUGAAAACAGCUAUCCAAAAAGUUUAAUCCUAUUUUAUGAAUUUAUUUGAUUAGUAUUUGAGGCCCAAAAUAGUGUCAGGCACCCCGCACAUCUGAUGAUUAGGCUUUGAAUUUUAACAUCAGUGAGAAUCGGAGGGAUGAUAGUGAUGGAUGAAAAGGAGACAUUUUAAGUUGUACAGUUGUAGUUCAUUGUCCUGUUACCUCAGCUAGUUUAACCAGAGUUUGUUAUAUCACUAUCUCCCAAAGAUCAGGACUUCUGUUGAUAGCAUCAGUGCUGUAAGCCCUGAGCAGUAGGUCACAUGACACAUGUUACCUGGGACUAAAUGUUAAUAGUAUUAUAUGGACUCUGACAGCCCUCUCAGAGAAUCUGUGAAUGUGAACAGAUAAAUGUGGCUAACCAGUUGAUUCUUCCAUAUGCCUUCUAAUGUGGCCCUUUUAUUUAUUUGGAACUCUAAACCUGAUUGUCGUAGUUUGUAAAAUUAAAAGGUUUUGUGAAAGGAGUGUUUUUUAAAAGUAGGUGAAAACUAGAAAUUAAAAAGUUAUCACUAGUUGAGUCUUGGAUUUUUUUUUCCUUCCAGCAAACUAAUGGACAGAAAAAAUAAUUUAAUAUUUUAUUUUAAAGAGAAACAUAUUAUUUUAUUCUGCAUUCCCAGAAAGGGAGUUGAUGAAAAUAAAAAUUUAUUUUUUUAGGUCUUUAUUGAUAGAAACUUUCUGUUUUCUGAUGUGACCUGUUGCCGAUGUUCAUAAAAGUGCUUUCAUUAAAAUGACAGAGUAUACUGAACAUUGUAAACUUAGUGAAAAUAACAAGUGUUUCUUUUUUUUUUUUAUUGUUCUAUUACAGUUGUCCCGAUUUUCCGCCAUUGCUCUCCCUCGCCUCACCCACCCUCCCUCCCCACCAUCAAUCCCUCUUCUAAGACUAUCUUAUAUUCUAAAGCCAAUUUAACCACCAGAAGUUGUUUUCCUCUGACUGCUUCUCUUCUGCUCUCCUGUUAGGCCAUUAAUAGCUAUUUCGAUAAAAACUAAAUUCCCAUCAAUAUUACUGCAAUUUGGUAUCUCUUUAUACCCUUUGCUUAACUUUCCUUUUAUUGUAUUUACAAGUACUUUAAAUUACUUUGUCCAGCAGCUGUAAUUUUUUCCUUUGCAAAAGUAUCCAGGUGAGAAAACAAAUUUCUUUAGGAAUGGAGGAUGAAUUUGUAUGAUUAACAGAUAAUCUGUGCAUUGGGAGGUGAAGAGAAGUGGACAAGAUGAAUUUAAAGGAAAUGACUAUAAGAAGCCUUUUUCCCACAUCCAUCUUGUUUUGUGCUCCAUGACAAUACCUGAUAUUGUCUAGGUAGCCAUUCAAUAAUAGUCAACUGUGACCUAAUAGCUUACCAUUUGGUGUAAAUUUCGAUAUCUCUUCAAAAGUAAAUUCAGAACCAUGCUAUCAAUUUUAUUUGUAGAGAUACAAACCAAAUCAAAAGGGAUUAAGUUCAUUUUGUGAUUACACCUGAAACCAUUUUGUCAGGGCUUUUUUCCCCUGUAGGUAAUGGUUAUUGCCAUUAACAUCUUCUGUUUAGUUCUACUAAGCCGGAAAGCCAAGUUGAUGUUAAUGAUAAUUUUUUUGUUCUGUCUUGUUUAUUUCUGUACCAUAAGAUUACUGUUGGUGAUUGCAGUUCUAGGUGCAAAAAUUAAUUUGAUUUUGUACGGUACCACUGAGUAAUUUUUUACUUAUUAAAAAUAAAUUAAGAAAUUUGACAAUAUCUCUGUAAAUCCUGUUCCAUAGUUGACUCCAGAGAUUCCAGUUUUACCUUUUAUUUUGUGGGUAAUGUUGCUUUGGCAUUUCCUAAUUUUUAAGUUAUGUAGUCGUGGAGAUACACAGUCACUGGGUGUGGUGGGACAACAAAGUGCUUUUUGCUCCUAGAAAUUCCAUUAAGACAUCUGUGGGGGAAUGGUGGUGACCAUGUGAAAACCUAGACCUGCUAUAUCCUGUACUGUUCAUUGAAGAUUUUCAAGUCCAUUUUGGACUUCAAAACAGUUAUGUUAACUUACCAGUAAGUUCCUCUAAAUUGUCCCAAACGUAAUCCACUAUUUUAAAAUUAGUAAAAUGAAGACAAAGAAAAUAGUUUUCUUGAUCUAAAAAUUCACCCAUAAUGAAUACUGUCAAAAAUUCAUUUAAAUACAAUCACUAGGUGUGAGUUUAGUUAUUUUACUUUUAACAAAUUCAGUAGGAAAUUGAGGUCUUGGAGAUCACAAUAAGUAAUGAGGUAAUUUUCAUUUCUUUUUCUCUCACCUUGUCCUAGCUUUUUUUUUUAAUUCAAAAAAUUAAUAUUGAAGAGUACAUAAAAUGUAAAUAUGCAGUUUUAUGGAAUCAUUUUAAGGUCAGCUCUCAAAUCAAUAGAACAGUGACAGCAGCUUGGAACUCCUGCCCCUGGUAGUCUCUUUCCAAUCCCAGUCAGCUUCCCCACACAUACCUUCUGGCAGUAAUACUCCCCUACCUUCCGUGAUAACUAUGUCUUUGUGUGUUUGUUUUCUUUUCAUUGAAACCAUGUUCCAUUUGAUAGGGGGUUUUUUUAAUAUAUAAUCUUUAUUAUAUAUUUUUUCCAUUCCAUUUAGUUCCCUUAUACCUUCCUCCACCGAGCAAUCACCUCAAGUUUUAGUGUUACCACCUAUGUAUGUACUUAAAGAAUACUAUUUACUUUUUGAUGGUUUUGAACUUUAUGUAAAUAGAAUCAUACUGUAUUAUUCUGUGGCUGCUUCUUUCAUUGAACAAAAGAUUCAUCCA